GUUGUUAGCUGUUUGUUUUCGAGUUGCUUUUUAUCCGUAUUGCCUUGGCUCUUUGUUUAUUUUUUGCUUUUUUUGGGGGCAUCGAGUCGCGUUCGAGCCGCGUUUAUUUUUAUCGCCGUUCCGCUGAGGGCUUGUGAUUGAUAUUCUGUGCCAGUGCGCCGAGGUAAAAGAGUGAGGAACUCCAAGUAUCCGUCGCAUAAUUGAAGCCAACGAUUCGAAACGGCCCAAAUGUGUUCGAAACGGCUGGAAAAAGCGUCACUUGCCAUUUGCAGCUCAGCAAUUGCGGAUCGAAUUGAACUCGGGCCAAUUGAGCCAACUCCAAUCGGCCGACAGCACAACACACCUGAGCAGAAAGCCAACUGAGUGUUUUCCCGAAGGUCGACCGCAUCUUUACAGGCUUUCGACUCUGCGUCACUGGCUCAAGAAUGUGUUAAUUCGGUGAUUCAAAAACAAUAUCAACGACAACUGGUCGGUCGGUCGCAGCAGCAAAAUUUGCAUAAAAAACCUCAAGAGGAGCAUCAGAAUGAUGGGAGUACGACCGAAUCGAAAACGUUUGGAGCUGAUGCUAAUGUUGCUGAUCGGUCUGGCAUGGGGAAUACUUCUGUCCGAGCUGAUGAAACGAACUCGCUGGCAGAAUCAUGCGGAUCGGCUGAAGGAGGAGAGCAGUCCCUUUCCGAGCAGCCAGCGGAGCAGGAACCUACGCACCCCACCCACCAUUGCUCCUUCGACCACGAAUCCACCGCCGGACAUCCUGGCCGCGCGACUCUUCAACGAGACGCGUGUCCUGUGCAUGGUGCUGACCAGUCCAAAGACGCACCACACCCGCGCCAUUCACAUCAAACGCACCUGGGGAAGGCGCUGCAACAAGCUGAUCUUCAUGAGCACCAAGGCGGACAAGGAACUGGGAUCCGUGGCGCUCAAUGUGAGGGAGGGCUACUCCAAUUUGUGGCCCAAGACCCGGGCGGCGCUGCAGUACGUCUAUAAGCACCAUUUCCAGAAGUACGACUGGUUCCUCAAAGCGGACGAUGACACCUAUUUUAUCAUGGAGAACCUGCGCGCCUUUCUACACGCCCACAAUUUCAGGGAACCGGUUUAUUUUGGAAACAAGUUCCGCCAGCAUGUAAAAGAGGGAUACAUGUCUGGAGGAGCUGGUUAUGUGCUGAGUAAAAUGGCCCUCCAUCGGCUGAUUAAACUGGGUUUCAGCAACAGCAGCAUUUGCACCAAUCGCAAUUAUGGCUACGAGGAUGUGGAACUGGGACGAUGUCUGGCCGGUGUGGGCGUCGUGGGUGGUGAUUCCCGGGAUGAGCAGGGGUUAAGUCGCUUCAUUCCUUUCUCCCCACUUCACUGGUAUCCCCAGCCACCGGAUUGGUACCAGCCACUACUCUACUACACAUCCCCAGAUAACUCCAGUGACUGCUGCUCAAAUACGGCCAUCUCGUUUCACUACAACAACGCACAGGAGUUCUACGUGCUCGAAUAUAUCAUCUACAAGCUACGAAUUUUUGGCAUAAACAGAGAACUUGGUCCACUGCCAAAAAAGAAAGCCAGUUCUAGGCCAAUGUCGAUUAAUUUACAGACCACAAAAGAGGAAAACGGCCAUAUUGCUCUCAUUAAAAUGAUGCCAAGAAAAAACGUCACUACACCAAAUUACAGAACCAAGACCACUUCCAAGUUUAAAAAAUAAUAUUGGCACUUUAAUACAUUCAUUUCGGAUUGACUGCAACAGACUAUGCCAAAGAGUAAAACCAAGAUAUCGUAAAUGAGUCUAAAACUGCUCCUGAAACUUAAGAAUUAUGUUUAGUAGAUGCCAUCUAGCAAUAAGCUUUCAUUUGUUAUGUAGUAUAAAUGCAUGUAUAUUUAAAAUACUAUAUUAUAUAUAAUCAU